AUGGAGGAUAUUGAACUUCUGCACUCCCCCACAUCCCAGACUCAGAACCUACUUUUGGCUUUUGCAGAGAGAAGACUCGGCUCCAGAGGUGAAAAUGCUAAUAUGUUUUACCUGCUUAGGGGCACGUACGUCAAAUCUUCAAGGAGUUUUCAGCUGGACUUGCUUUUUCUAGACCUCCUUGAUAAGCCUCUCGCAGUUCUGCUGAGGGUGGCAUUGAAGAUGAUGGGUUCUUCAGAUUCUUUGCGCAAAAGUGAUCUGUUCAAGAAAAAGGGUGGAUUUCGAAUUCCUGCACUGCUCCACAUUCCAGACUCAAACAUACUUCUGGCCUUUGCGGAGAGCAGAUGCGGCCACAAAGAUGAAAGUGCUGACGUGUUGUACCUGCAACGCGGCGAAUAUGAUAAAUCUUCAAAAGAUUUUCAGUGGGAUCAUGCAACACCUAUGAACACUGCACGACUAAAGAAGCACCGAUCCAUGAAUCCUUGUCCCGUCUAUGAGGAAAAAAAGAAGACGGUCUUUCUCUUCUUCAUUGCAGUCGAUCAAUCAAAGUCAGAGCAAGAUCAAAUCCAAAGUAGAAAGAACGCUGCACGACUUUGUUAUGUUACCAGUGUCGACAAUGGACAGAGGUGGAAUGACACUAUAGAUCUAACAGAGUCUUACUUAGGUGUCACCAUCAAUACGUGGGCAACAUUUGCUCUGGGUCCAGGCCACGGCAUACAGCUAAAGAGUGGCCGUCUUGUUAUCCCUGCCAAUGCUCAUGUGAUAGAUUCCAAUGAUACCAUCAGGGUACGGGCUCUCACUUUCUACAGUGAUGAUGGUGGGGAUUCCUGGCAAAUUGGCAAAUAUAUAUAUGGGCAGGAGUGUGGGGAAUGUCAGGUGGUGUCAUUGGAUCAAGGCAAUGUAUCCAGUGAGCAGGCUUUAAUAUAUUGCAAUGCUCGGAACAAUAAAGCAGAUAACAAUCAGCAUCGGGUGGAAGCCUUCAGUACUGAUGGUGGAAAGACAUUCACAAAAGGGAAACCGGUGCCAGAGCUCGUUGAAUGUUCAGGAGGUUGCCAUGGCAGUAUCAUCAGUUUUCCUGCCUCAGACAUUUCAUAUGUCCGAAACUAUCCCGACCUUAAAACGCAUCACAAUCAAAAGGGAGGUGAUGCUUCAAAUUUUGACAUUAUAUUGUUCUCACACAUCACAAACUCCAGCCAGCAUACACAUUUAGGAAUUUACCUUUCUACUUAUUCUGGUGGCCCUCUUACCUGGACAAAUCCUUGGGUCUUUUUCCCUGAUAAAAGUGCCUACUCAGAACUGGCAUUUGUUAAACUUCCUGAGGAAAGAAAUCCUAUUGUUACUUGUUUGUUUGAAUAUGGGCAUGAUCACAAUAUGAUCUCAUUUUGUGUUUUGCAAAUUGAUGAUAUUAUUGAGAAAACUGUAAAGGAACUGAAAUGGUGUGGGAAACUAGAAGCAGACCAGGGUGCAAAUUCCAGAUGCUUUUGUUGUUGUUGCUGCCAGCAGCUGGAAUAGAUUGUGACUGGGAUGCUUGGGUCCCCAAUGAUCCUACGGGCUGAAUAUAAUAAAAUCAAGCUAACAUGACACAUUGAACAGAAACCCACAUCUGACAACUUUAUACACUCUACUUCUCUGGGAAUGUGACAGGGGCAGUAGACAGAGCACAGCCUAUAGAUAUAGAUUUGGAUUUCCGAAAGGCAUUUGACAACACUCAAGGGAAGAGCCCAGGAUACUGGAGGAAGUGGGUUGGUGUAGACAGUUGGAAUAAAUUGGUCGUUCUCAGACUGUAAUAACAUAACCAAUGGAGUACUCCUGGGGUCGAUUCUUGGCACUCAGUUGUUUACUAUUUACAUUAAUGGCCAGGAGGAUGGAACAAAAUGGGGGUGUUGCCCAUUCAAUAUUUCAAUAACAUUUGGGUAAAUAUAACAAUAUGUUGUAUGAUAAAGUAUUCUUGUUCAUUUCAAUAAUUCAUUUCAGGUUAUAUGCAUAAAUGCAUUAAUUGCAUACGUCAUCACACUACCACGUGAUAUAUGUGUCUCUCACUUAAAGUAAACUCUAAGUUA